GCAGAGCAAAGCGCGCGGGCAGGAGAGGAAGAGAGAAGGAAGACUGCAGGUCAGUGGAGGCAAUCACCUGACGCCACCCCGUCCCCGCGAGAUUCCAAGGGGCCAAUCUGUUCCUGCGUCGACAUCGACGGGAAUCAUAGUGGGCACGAGGGAACUGUAGCGCGUGACAACGAGAGGCUUGGAUUUGGAUCCAUUUUUUGGUGUGUUUGAUUGCCUUGCCUGGAUGCAGCUCUGCGUUUCCUGGCUAUAAAGCGACAGGGGGCCUGGAGCUGGGCCGCGGAGACCGGAGAGAGGCCACUGGUUUUUGGCUGCUGUUGUUUGGCUCUUGUUCAGUCUGCUGUUUGGUUUCAGAUCCGAGAAGGGUUGAGAGAGCUGAAUCGUGGCAAGGAAGUUUCUUUCGUGUGCAUUCUCUUAACUGUGAACGAGAGUCAGAAAUAAAAAUGGGGAUUGGAGAUGGUUCGUCUAAAGGGAACCAGCAAUCAGUGCAUAAGGAAAUACGAGAUGAGACCACACCACUUCUUCCAGUCAAGGCGGAGGAGGAGGGGUUUCAUGAGCUCAACGGUGCUUCAUUCUCUGGGGCUGUUUUCAAUCUGUCGACCACCAUAGUUGGCGCUGGGAUUAUGGCCCUGCCAGCAAGUAUCAAAAUGCUGGGCAUGGUUCCAGGGAUUCUGAUGAUCAUCAUUGUGGCAUUGCUCACAGAGGCAUCCAUUGACAUGCUUGUCAGGUGCAGCCACCAGGGCAAGAUUACGUCAUAUGGGUGGCUGAUGGGUGAGGUUUAUGGGCAGUGGGGGAGGAUUGCGCUACAGGCCUCCGUCAUCAUAAACAACAUCGGUGUGCUGAUUGUUUACAUGAUUAUCAUCGGUGAUGUAUUAUCUGGAACAACAUCUGCCGGUGUUCAUCAUUGUGGUAUAUUGGAGGGCUGGUUUGGAGCUCAUUUGUGGAAUUCUCGCCCCAUUGUUCUUCUUGCAACAACUCUUUUGGUGUUUGCUCCGUUGGUGAGCUUUAAGCGUUUGGAUUCAUUGAGAUACACAUCUGCCCUAUCAGUUGCCCUGGCUGUGGUUUUUGUUGUCAUUACUGCUGGGAUUGCCAUCAUCAAACUCUUUAGCGGAACUGUAGCGAUGCCCAAACUUUUUCCUGAAUUAGAUGACCUUAGUUCCAUCUGGAAGCUCUUUACGGCUGUCCCUGUCCUUGUCACUGCCUACAUCUGCCACUAUAACGUCCACAGCAUUGACAAUGAACUUGAAGACAGAACACAAAUUAAACCAAUUGUGCGAACAUCACUGGUCCUGUGCUCCAGUGUUUACAUUGCCACAAGUUUCUUUGCAUAUCUCCUCUUUGGUGAGGGCACACUGGAUGAUGUGCUUGCAAACUUUGAUUCAAAUCUUGGCAUUCCGUUCAGCUCUGUCUUUGAUGAUAUAGUGCGAGUGAGCUAUGCUGCGCAUGUCAUGCUUGUCUUUCCCAUUGUCUUCUUUGCCCUUCGACUCAACUUGGAUGGAUUGCUUUUCCCCACGUCGAGGCACAUUUCUCGUGAUAAUAAGAGAUUUGCCAUCAUCACUCUCUCUCUCCUAGCAGUAAUUUAUUUUGCUGCCAUUCUUAUACCAAGCAUUUGGGACGCAUUCCAGUUUACUGGUGCCACAGCCGCCGUCCUUAUUGGUUUCAUCUUUCCUGCCAUGGUCAUACUUAGGGAUUCUUAUGGAAUAGCAACCAAGCGUGACAAGAUCCUGGCUGUAACCAUGAUUGUGCUUGCUGUUCUCUCAAAUUCUGUUGCCUUAUACAGUGACGCGAUGAACAUCUUCCAUAAGGAGGAGGUGGCCUGAACUUAAGACUUAAAAGGCUAGUUGUCGUUGCUAGUUGUCGUUGAUGCAGGAAGCAUGGCUUCGGAGUGCAAAGCUCAGAUGCUGUGAAGGAUGAUGAUUAACUGUAUGCUGUGAAGGAAGAUGAUUUCUUGGUCAGCACCAGAAGAUUGAGUCACUUGAAAUAAUCAGAUGCUUGAAGUUGCUGGGUUUCCUGUACACAAACCGGCUCAACAUCGAAUUGAGCCUCCUGCAAUAUAUGUAUAUUCUAUGUGCUUGUAUUAGCAAAGAAUGGUAGUAUGUCUUGGAAAACCUUUCUCCACAAUAAUGCACAGUUGGGCCGAUGUAUGAGUUGAGUUAAAUUUGUCGUAUGUGAACAUGGACUUUUCCAUUAAGAAUGAAAUGAUUACCGUUCCCAGGGUACCAUCUUUCAGUUA